CCCUCGAUCCCCCCAUCACCGGUAACCAGCUUUCAACCUGGUACGACUCAGUCCGUACCAGAUUUACCAAAGUAACCAAGCCCACCGACAAGAGUGGACAGGGGGCCCAGAAGCUACUGACGAUGCGGGAGCAGUGGAUCACACAUGUGUUCUCCUUCCUUACGCCCCACAUCAUUCGACAGCGAAGAACCAACACCCUUGGGUUACAGCCUGCUCAGGUCCCUGCUGCCCCUGCCGAGCCGUCGCAGGCGCCCACCCCCAUUGUCCCCAGCAGCACCCCAUCGCCAGACACUGUCCCGGGACUCCAGCAGGCGCGGGCCAACAUCCACAAGGCCAAGGCCGAACACCGGGCCGCCCUGCUAGAUGAGAUUCGGGAACAGAGUACUUCCUUCAGGGAGUUUGUCGCCGAAACCCUGGCUCCACCACCCAAUGAGAAAGACCCCCCAGGCCUCCACUAUUGGAAUGAUUACUUCGGGUACAUUAAGUACGAUUGCCUGGAGAUUGGGGGGAGGCUCAGGGCUGACCUGGCCAUGGAGAUCACGGCCCUCAUCAACCGAUGGAAGAGGCUGGCUGAAAGUGGGGUCGAGGUGGUCCCCAGGGACUUCAUGGUGAACAUGAUAGCGUCAGUGGAGGAGGGGAAGAAAGCAGCACCACAACAUGUUGCCCAGGCCCCAACACAAGCCCACAGCGUUCCCCUGGGGGGAAUGACCAUGGUCCAACCCACAAGUACCCUGUUGCACCACCCCUCCACCAGUACCACCGUCUUCAGACCACAGCAGCAGGUGGUGGGCCAACCCCAGGUGAUACACAGACCACCAGCAGCUUCGACCCCCUACGAAGGCAACACAUCACUGCAGAGCCUGGGGAUAUCUGCCAGCUUUGUUCUGGACCACCUGCCCCACAACUUCAGCAACGCCCCCAGUACCAGUAACACCCCAAGUACCCCAGUGCACACACCUUCCACAACCCUACACACACCCCAAAAUUAAUAAUCUUAUCUUUAAAAGUGGCUACCUUCCAAGAAGUAAGAAAAUACUUAAAUAAUCGCGUACUUGGUGGGUGGAUAGACUUUGGUUGCAAUAAACUAUCUUUUGUGAUAUAAGUGCCUUACAUCUGGAGGAGUUCUUAUUGCUAGGUGUAUGAUUUUUUGUAAUAAAAAAUGUAUUUGUGUGUUAUAUAUUUGUUUACUCUUCACUUUUAUGGUAUUUUUGAAGUACUUGCAUGUCUUGUUAUAUAAUGUAGGAUAAUGGAUGUGGACAUAGAACAUAGUCAUUACUUACC